UACUAAAAAUGUGAUGCCAGCUGUUGAUAUAGACACUACAGUUUAUUUAGAUUUGUCACAAGAGUCAUUAGUGGAAAACUGCAACACCCAAGAUAACCAAAUGGAUUUGAAUAGUGAGUUCUGUGAGUCUGAAGAGUGUUUAUUAAAGGAAAAUGUACCCAACAAUAUUGUAUUCUCCAAUGGAUUUGAUACAUCCACACCGAAGGCCAUGCUGCGAAAACCUGUUUCCAAAGAAUUGUCUUCGGAACAAAAAAGAAAACCUGCAUUUAAUAUUACUCCAUCAGAGACUAGAAGAAAGAUAAUUAUGCACACUGAAAAGAAAAUGGAUUUUCUAAAAAAGAAAGAAUUAAGAGACCUAAAUUUGGCUAAAUAUGCCAAAGAAGAGCAUGAAAUGAAUAUGAAGCAUAAGCAAGAGCUCCAUGAGCUAGAAAUCAAAUAUAAAAAAGAGAUGUACGAGCUUAUGUUACAAAAAUGUAGAUAUGAUAUCGAAAAAGCAAAAUUAGAAUUAAAUAAAUUGAGUCCUGCAUAA